AUGGAGUAUAACAAAGAGGAGGCGACGAGAGCUAGAGAGAUCGCAAAGAAGAAGUUUCUAGCAAAUGAUUUGCCGGGCGCCAGGAAGUUCGCGAUGAAGGCUCAGUUCAUGUAUCCAGAACUCGAAGGGAUCGCUCAGAUGGCGGCCACAUUCGACGUUCACGUAUCCGCCAAGAACAUAAUCUACGGGGAGAUAGAUCACUACGGCGUUCUCGGCGUGAAUCCGGAAGCUGACGACGAAACAGUGAGGAGACGUUACAGGAAGCUGGCUGUGUUGCUUCACCCUGACAAGAACAAGUCGGUCGGAGCAGAGGAAGCGUUCAAGUUCCUCUCGCAGGCGUGGGGUGUGUUCUCUGACAAGGCCAAGAGAGCUGACUAUAACAUGAAGAGGAACCUUGGCAUGCACAACAAAGGAAGAGGUGCUUCCACAACGUCGUCGUCAUCACAGAGAGUUGUGAACACAACGAAGCUCAAGACUUCUUCAAAGAGAGGUAUAAAACGGGCGAGUGAAGCGUCUGCGUCUGCGUCUGGUGUUGCUGCUGCGGCUGCUACUUCUACUGCAGCUGCUGGUGGUGGAACGUUUUGGACUGUUUGCCGCACUUGCAAGACACAGUACGAGUAUCAUCGGAUUUACCUGAACCAGAACCUCCUGUGUCCCAACUGUCGGAAGCCGUUCAUAGCUGUGGAAACGGAUCCUCCAGGUUCAGGCUCCAUCCGCAAGACCUUUAACGAGCACCAGUUUGACUCCAUCCGUCAGGCGACAACAGACGGAAGAAAGAAAAGCAGAGACGGUGGUAAUGGUGUGUAUGGUGGCGAGUACGAUUCGUUUGAGUGGAGUGGUGUGUACACUGGAGGAGCCAAGAACCCUACUCAUGCUCCUCCACGGAAAGACGAGGUUGUGCGUAGAGAGUACACCAAAAGAGCGCCUGGUGUCUCGAUGGCUAAUGCUCCCAAGAGAAGAAAGGGUUUGGAGAAUGGAGUUGCUGCUGGUUCCAACACUGCAGGUGGUUUUGCUGCUAAGUCCAACACUGUGAAAGAGCUUUCCGAGGAGGAUAUUAAGAACGUGUUGAAGAAGAAAGUGAAACCUUUAGUCAGAAGAAAGCUGCAAGAGCUAUGCAUGGCAGUUCCUGAAACUGCAAUCGACGAACAUGGAAGGCGAUUGGUAGCCGAGGAUCUCGAUGGUGACAAUGCCGCCAUUGAAUCUUCCUCCGUGGACUCCAUUCUUGAUUCUGACAAGGUUUUAAACUCCUUGGAAGACCUGACGGUGGAUGUUCUUGAGCCGGAUUUCUGCGACUUUGACAAAGACCGAAGCGAGAAGUCGUUUGCUGAUGACGAGAUAUGGGCUUGUUAUGACUCCAUAGAGGGGAUGCCUCGGUCCUAUGUCAUGAUAGAGAAGGUCAUCUCUGUAGAGCCAUUCAAGGUGCGUAUCGUUCGGCUUACGUCAGAGACAAAGAGUGAGCUUAGGUCAACGAGGUGGCUUGGUUUCGGUAUUGCCAAGACUUGUGGAGAUUUCAGAGUUGGUAAAACACAAACCUGCAAGACACCUUACGUUUUCUCACACAGAGUGAAGGUGGGCAAAGGCAGUCAAGGAGAGUUUCUUAUAUAUCCUAGGAAAGGCGAGGUAUGGGCUCUUUACAAGAACUGGUCCCUUGACUGGAACUAUCUCAGGGAAUGCGAAAGGGUCGAGUAUGAUCUUGUGGAAGUUGUUGAGGGAUAUACAGAGGAGUAUGGUGUAUCGGUGGUGCCUUUGGUUAAAGUUGCUGGUUUCAAAUCUGUGUUUCAUCAUCAUUUGGAUGCCAAUGAAGUCAGGAGGAUCUUGAAGGAUGAGAUUUCGAGAUUCUCGCAUCGGAUACCGUCUUACUUGCUCACAGGUCGUGAAGCAACCGAUGCUCCCAGAGGUUGCAGACAGCUUGACCCUGCAGCAACACCAUCAGAGCUUCUUCAGGUUAUCGAUUAUCAUCUUUAA